AUGAGAUCUCCUGACGAUUGGCGAACAACACUAGGUGUUUUGAGUAUGCUCUGGCAGGAUCGAUAUUCCCAAAACCCCUUCCCGCUGAAGAUGUUAUAUCUCCCUUUCGACGGUAUCUACGAUCUUUCGAAAGAGCUACGAGAUAUUCAGUCAGCAUGGCCACUCCUGGAAGAGCUGUGUACAAAUCAUAUUGAAUAUAGUGGACCCGAAGAUCUUGGACUACCUAACCAAUAUGUGAUGUCCAAUAAAAUUGGGAACGGAGAUAGUUGGUCUCACAUAUGGACUCACAAAACGAUAGGUCUCGAUAGCAUGAUUGAGCAAAACGUAGUUGAUUGGCCGCCUCAGGAUGACCCUACUUUUGAAGAUGUCCUAAACUCCUUCAAACUAUUCAAGUACCUGAGAAAGAUCGACUGCGGCAUCAUCUUCCGUCUAUACGAAGAGAAGUAUCUUCCACCUGUGAUUAUGCCGACAGCCCCAUGGACAAGCCAACAACAAGAUAUCUAUCUUCAACAAAUACGACUACGAGCUGAAGCAAGCAAAUCAAUCAAUUUCGAAGAUAUGUUGCCGGAGGCCAUGGUUCAUGCCGCCCAAAUUCUGUUUGACGUGCUACCAACUUUGGAAGAAUGUGUUUUCUGGCGCACUGCUCCAGAAUAUUAUACGUAUCCAGACGAAUAUUGGUGUAAAUUUGUGCUUCGCAGAGAGACAAACGAUAGAGGCGAGUCGGCGGUUGUCCUGGAUCCGUAUAAACAAUAUCUCUCGAAGAGAUCAAUGGGCAGCCAGCUUGGUGGAAUUACAUUGUGA